AUGGCUAAAUCCAAAAUAAUCCUCUCAAUCAACGCAGGAUCCAGCUCUGUUAAAGUUUCCAUCUACCUCUCCUCCUUCCGUCAAGAGCCAGAACCAAUCGCAGAGAUACAAAUCAGCGGGCUCACCGCACCACCGCCACGACUCAAAUACAUCCGCGGCCCAGAAACAAUAUGCAAAGACAAAGAGCUCUCGGGGGAGGUAAACUCUCAGAAAGAUGCCCUGGAACGAAUCCUAGACGAAUUGAUCAAUGAUAAGUCCUUCCAAGCUAUCAACAAGAAGGAGGAUAUCAAUGUUGCAUGCCACCGCGUUGUGCACGGGGGGGAUUACGAUUGCCCUAAGAUAAUCAACGACGAGACCUACAACUACAUCCAAGCGCUGAGCGACCUCGCACCCCUUCACAACGCCCCCGCGCUGGAAAUCGUCAAGUUCUGCAUCAAGGAGUUGCCGCAGACGCGGAAUGUAGCAGCGUUCGACAGCCAGUUCCACCAGACAAUUCCGGCGCAUAUCCGUACGUAUCCCAUCAACCAGGAGAUAGCGAAGUCGAAUAAGCUGCGCAAGUAUGGGUUUCAUGGGAUUAGCUACUCGUUUAUUACGCGUAGCGCGGCACGGUUUCUGGGGAAGAAGGAGAGCGAGACGAAUUUGAUUCUGUUGCAUCUUGGUUCCGGGGCAAGUGCCUGCGCGAUUAGGAAUGGGAAGAGUUGGGAUACAUCGAUGGGGUUGACGCCCCUGGCUGGCCUUCCAGGAGCAACGAGGAGUGGAAGUGUAGACCCUAGCCUAGUAUUCCAUUAUGCUAGCGACGUCGGCAAACUCUCCCCGAAUUCCACGGAAUCCCUCCACAUCUCCCGUGCGGAAGAAAUUCUCAAUAAGCAAUCAGGCUGGAAAUCCCUAACAGGAACCACCGACUUCGGAACCAUCGCCUCCUCCCAAGAUGAUCCGACGAUGAAACUCGCUUUCGACAUCUUCGUCGACCGGGUCUGUGGCUUCGUGGGAAGUUACUACGUGACGCUGAGGGGAAAUGUCGACGCGCUAGUCUUUGCUGGCGGCAUAGGGGAGAAGAGCGAUUUGUUGAGACGUAGGGUGACGGAGGAUAUUGCCUGUUUGGGGUUUGCCGUUGACGAAAAGAAGAACUCGAUGAAGAUCGAGGAUGUGGUCCAGGAUGUUGGGAAGGAUGGUGCGAGACAUAGGACGCUGGUGUGUCAAACCGAUGAGCAGGUUGAGAUGGCGAGACAUUGUGCUAUGGAUGACACGCUUUUUAAUGGGACAGCCGGGUCAUGCCGCAUCCAUGGCUAUGUUAUUACCGUAAUUUUGAAGAUCUCUCCUAUGCUCAAGGUCUGUCCGAGGUUUGUCGAUGGAAGCCUCAAAGGGAGUGGGUAG